CGCGGGCGGCGGAGGCGAGGCAGGCAGGCAGGCGAGGCAGCCGCCGCUCUCGAGAGACGCCGAGCGAGAGACGGAGGCGCGAGAGACGCGCGGCAGCCGGGCGGGGAAGGGCGAGCGGCAGGCGGCGCAGGGCUGGUGCUCCGGCCGGGGGGACGGCAUGCGGCUCUCGAGGGGGCGGCUGCCGCCGGCGGUCUUGGUGGGCGCGCUGCUGCUCUCCUGCGGGCUGGCUUGCGGACCGGGCCGGGGCUUCGGCAAGCGGAGGCACCCCAAGAAGCUGACCCCCCUCGCCUACAAGCAGUUCAUCCCCAACGUGGCCGAGAAGACGCUGGGCGCCAGCGGCAGGUACGAGGGCAAGAUCAGCAGGAACUCGGAGCGCUUUAAAGAGCUCACCCCCAACUACAACCCGGACAUUAUUUUCAAGGAUGAGGAGAACACGGGAGCCGACCGGCUCAUGACGCAGCGCUGCAAAGACAAGCUCAACGCCUUGGCGAUCUCGGUGAUGAACCAGUGGCCCGGCGUCAAGCUGCGGGUGACCGAGGGCUGGGACGAGGACGGCCAUCACUCCGAGGAGUCGCUGCACUACGAGGGCCGCGCCGUGGACAUCACCACCUCGGACCGGGACCGCAGCAAGUACGGCAUGCUGGCACGCUUGGCUGUGGAGGCGGGCUUCGACUGGGUCUACUACGAGUCCAAGGCGCACAUCCACUGCUCGGUCAAAGCGGAGAACUCGGUGGCUGCCAAAUCGGGUGGCUGCUUCCCUGGAUCCGCUUUGGUGAAUCUGGAACAAGGGGGCACCAAGCUGGUGAAGGACCUGAGCCCUGGCGACCGGGUGCUGGCAGCGGAUGGGCAGGGGCAACUGCUUUACAGUGAAUUCCUCACCUUCCUGGACCAAGAGGGGCCCCCCAUACACAAGCUCUUCUAUGUCAUCGAGACCCAGAGGCCCCGGACACGCCUCUUGCUCACGGCCGCCCACCUGCUCUUUGUGGCCCCGCCACAGAACCAUUCCCAACCCCAGCCCAUUUUUGCCAGCCGCGUGCGGCCAGGACAACGCAUCUAUGUGUUGGGCGAAGGGGGCCAGACGCUGCUGCAGGCUGCAGUGCACCGGGUGUCCCUCACGGAAGAGGCCUCAGGCGCUUAUGCCCCACUGACCGCUCAGGGCACAAUACUCAUCAAUCAGGUGCUGGCUUCCUGUUAUGCUGUCAUUGAGGAGCAUAGCUGGGCCCACUGGGCAUUUGCCCCUUUCCGAGUAGCCCACACCCUCCUGGCAAUGCUCUGCCCCAGCGGCCACCCCUAUCCCAGCCUCUCUCCAUUUGCUGCACCCAGUGAGGCUCCAGCUGGUGUCCACUGGUACUCCCGCCUCCUCUACCACAUCGGCCGCUGGGUAUUGGAUUCUGAGAUGUUGCACCCAUUGGGCAUGGCCAGCUGAGGGGAACAGAGUUCGAAAUACUCCAUUUUUAUCCACCAUAAAAAAAUGAAAUAAUACACAUGGGGGAACAAACUAAAAUGAAGAAAGAAAGAAAGAAAGAAAGAAAGAAAGAAAGAAAGAAAGAAAGAAAGAAAGAAAGAAAGAAAGAAAGAAAGAAAGAAAGAAAGAAAGAAAGAAAGAAAGAAAGAACUUUAAACCAAUAAUAAUAGUAGGACAGUCCAAAGUAGACUUAAAGGAACAGGAAGAGUCCAGGAAGUUUUGUUUUAGUUUAUAAAUAUAUAUAUUUUUAUUUGAUUUAUAUUUUUGUCUGUUUUGUUGUUUUGUCGUCUUCAUCUCCUGGCUAUUUAUUUGUUUGGUAUUUUGAAAUAGAUGUUUUAAAGAAUAUGAACCCGAUCUUCAAGAGCCUUAAAUAGUUUCUUUGGUAAUUUAUUAUCACGCGAACUAUAUACUCACAGGGAGAAGAAAAUUAUUUUGUGAGGCCAAGCAAAACUGCACAGAGUUCUAUUUUUCUAUAUGUCACGUGUGUCCAGACUUUCCGAAAGGAAAAAAAGUCUCUCCUUCUCGUCUGCCCAUCGCUUCGCUCAUUCCCUUCCGCGAGUCUCGGAACAAACAGAAGAGAAGCUUCACGGUGGGGGGGGGAGGGGGGGUCCGUAAAUUAUAUUUUUAUACACAGAAUUGUAAAUUCAAUUUUUUUGAGAGAUCAAUACUUAACAGUCACAUUUCAUUUUUUUGAAAUAGUGUAAAAUAUGAGAAUAUAUUAUUUUAAUUUAAAUAGUAUCAAAUGUAACGUUGGCUCCUGUAUUGUUUGCCGUUGUCUUUGAAAUAUUUUGCUUUGUAUAAAACAAAAAACAAAAGGAAAGAACCCCUUGCGUUCACACUCUUGGAAUUCAAGACUGUUACACAAAAUGUUCUCGUUUGCAAACCCAUUGGGGAGCGGGGGAAGGGAGAGGGGAGAAACUCUCUUAUUUUUACCUUCAAAAUCAAAAUGAAAAAAUUUAUGAGAAAAUAAUAUUUUUUAAAAAGCGCACAUGUUGGUGAUUAUGUGACAACAGAGAAGAGUUUGUACAGAGGGGGGAAGGAUGUUUUGCAUUAAUAAACUGAUAAAUAACCGCUGUCAAUUUACUAAAAUGUAUUUUUGAAUAUUUUGUAAUAGUUUUAAUAGUUUUAUAGAAAUAA